AUGAAGGACGCUAGAAGUGAACAAAGGCCCCCAUCAUUUAAAGAGAAGCACAUGGGAGGAACGAAGAGUGAUGGGAACUUAAACAAGCACUGGCGAAAAGAACUCAACUUGGAACAGGGGGACGUGGUCAUCAACAUGGAUGGCCUCAUUCCGGUCAUAAACUUUUCGAACCGUGUUAGAGAAGUCAUGGAGGGUUGUAUGGAGCACGCAGUCGUGGUCAAAAUACUCAGACCUUAUUUACGACCAGACAUUCUAUUCUCAAAAAUCACAAGCUUGUGGAGACCCACUGGAGACUUCAAGUUAACAGAAUUAGAAGGAGGCUGCUUUAUGGUAAUGCUUGAGAACAAAUUUUACUACCAGAAUGCAUUGCUCGGAGGACCAUGGGUGGUGCAAGGACAUUACCUAACAGUGCAUCCAUGGGAGCCUACGUUGAGUCCGCUCAACCUGGAAAUAAAACAAGUGUAUGGGUGGGUUCGGCUCCCCGGCUUACCUUACCAUUACUGCCAUAAGAACGUCCUAAGAGCUAUAGGCGAAGUAAUCGGUCAGGUGCUGAAGAUCGACUACAACUCGGAGGAAGUUGACAAAGCUCGCUAUGCUAGACUAGCGGUCAAACUUGAUUUAACUAGGCCCCUUGUCUCCAUGAUAAAGCUGGACGGCGUAACCCAAUAUGUUGAAUACGAAGGACUCCCAACCAUUUGCUACCACUGUGGACGCUAUGGUCAUCUUGAAGCCUCGUGCCCUCAAAAAAUGCAACAACAGCAGCCGCCGACGAUGAACCAAAGACCACCGAUGAACGACUCACAGCAACCUGCAAUGACGACAUUGAACCCAGAGAACGGGGCGCGUGAUAGCAAAACGCGUGAGAGCCAAAUUUUUGGCUCUUGGAUGAAAGCUCCAACACGGCCCUGGCAAUCUAGUCAAGGAGGACGGAAAGAGACUGACAAGAACCGCCAAAGAAGUGUAAGUGACGGCAAUAGGUUUGAGGCUUUAGCUAUCGCGGAGGACGCAGACUUACACCAGGAAGGAAAGGUAGGGAUGACAGCAGACCUUAGCAAUGACCACGCUGAACCCAGAGAACAGGGCGUGUGA